AUGGCCACAUCUAGCUCGUCUUUGCAGCGUAUUGUCCAGAUGUUAUGGACUAAUGAGCCUACCCCCACAAUUGGCUCAGUGGUCUGUUUGGGUACUAGUUAUCCUUGUAAUGGCGAUGAAUGGCCAGUUGACUUUAUACACGAUGUGGAAUCACGGGUAUGGUUAAGAUAUCGGAAUGGCUUUGCGGUUAUUCCAAAACACCCCGAUGGGCCGUCACCGCUAAAGAUAGGUGCUUUGUUAAGAGGCACUAGCAUUGAUCUCAAUGGAUUUGUUUCUGAUAUUGGAUGGGGUUGUAUGAUAAGAACUGGACAGAGUUUGCUUGCCAAUGCUUUAAUGAUCAGCCGUUUGAGCCGUGAGUGGCGCUAUAAUGGCUCUGUUGAAGCAAUUGAGCAAGAUGUUCUUGUUUUGUUUUACGACGAGAAGGACGCGCCACUCUCUAUACAUCGAUUCGUUGAACAUGGCUCAAUUGCAGGUGGCAAGCUUCCAGGUGAAUGGUUUGGACCCAGUACAGUCGCCACCUGCAUCAAAGCACUCGUUAGUGAGUCUGGGCUAGACUUGGCUGUAUAUAUUAGUGACGGGAUGAACGUGUACGAGAAGGCACUACUAAAGGUUGCUACAGGAUCUUCAGAUGAAACUGAUGAAUGGCAGUCGGUUUUGGUUUUGUGUGGGUUGAGACUAGGUAUUGAUACAGUGAAUCCAGUUUAUUUUGACGGUCUUCGUUCACUUUUGGAUUCACCACAGACGGUGGGUAUAGCCGGAGGACGCACAGCAACAUCACAUUACUUUUAUGGAUAUCAAAAUGAUCGGCUAUUCUUCCAUGAUCCUCACGAUCCUAGUCCUGCUUUGAAGUAUGGGGUCGACAGAAGUUUACUGGAGUCUGUGCACUCUCGCCGAUUGCGAGAGCUCCCAUUCACUGAGACUGACCCUUCUAUGCUUGCGGGUUUUAUCUUAAAAUCUAGAGAAGAUUUUGAAUCAUGGAAAACUCAAAUGAUGUCGCUACCCGCUAGUAAUCGAGCUAUCAAUAUAACCGACGAACCCGCUCCAGUUGUCUCUUGCGAAAUUGAAGAAGACUUCGUUCUAUGCCACAUACAUCCAGCAAGUGAUACCAGUCUCAGCGAAUCCAAUGCUGAUGCUCUUUGUUCAAUAGACGAUGGAUCAACUAGCUAA